AUGAGCCAAUGGCGGAUCUUGAAGAAUCUGGUCGUGGUGUGUUUAGGGUUUCUCUUCCUCUUCACCGCCUACCAAGCAUUGGCCAACCUCCAAAGCACCAUGAACAUGGAGGACGACAUAGGAGUCGUAUCCCAAAGCGUGAUAUAUGCCGUCCUGAUUGUGUCUUCAAUCUUCCUGCCAAAGCUCGUCAUUCAGAGAUUCGGAUGCAAGGUCACCUUGGUGAUGUCCAUCUUGACAUACGCCCCGUACGUCGCUGCCAACUUCUACCCACACAUGUGGACAUUUGUUCCAGCAGCUGUCCUGGUGGGAAUAGGGGCGGCUCCUCUGUGGUCGGCAAAGUGUACUUACAUCAAUGAAAUCAGUUUCAUGUACUCAAGCCAUGGGAAGGAAAGCUCUGAUGUAGUAACGUCCAGGUUCUUUGGAAUCUUUUUCAUGAUAUUCCAAAAUACUCAAAUCUGGGGUAAUCUCAUAUCGUUCUUUGUUUUGAGACCAACCCCUAAAGACGAAACUUUGAUUUGGGGUAAUGAGACAUUUAUAAACAACGACACUCUACUGUGUGGAGCAGAUUUUUGCAGUGGGAUCAAUGAAAAUUUAAUGCCUCCAUCCGUUGAAAAGCGACAUAUGCUCGUAGCCAUAUACAUCUCGUGUGUAAUUUUAGCUGCGAUCAUCGUGGCCUUGUUCCUAGAUCCGCUAAACACAGAGAAAUCGAAAUCUAAAGAGGGUGAAGAUAGUGUUUUCGCUAGAAGCAUUGCAACACUUAGGCAGCUGAAGAAGGCGGACCAGAUGUUGCUAGUGCCACUGACGAUAUUUAGUGGGAUGGAACAAGCUUUUAUUCUUAGUGAAUAUACUAAAGCUUACGUCGCAUGUGCCUGGGGUUUGUACUAUGUUGGACUCGUGUUUAUCUGCUUCGGCGUAGUCAACGCGAUCAUGUCGUACUUGUCCGGGAGAUUGAUAAAAUACGUGCCAAGAAUGGUACUCAUGAUGACCGCCGCUGCUGGAAAUUUGGCCGUUUGUCUUGUGCUACUGUUCUGGUAUCCAACUUCCGAACACGCCGUGUAUUUCUUCAUCAUUGUUGGAGUCUGGGGCCUGAGUGACGCCAUCUGGCAAACGCAAGUUAACGCGUACUACGGCGUCCUCUUCCGCUCCUCCGAGGAGGCCGCCUUCGCCAACUACAGGCUGUGGGAGUCCGUGGGCUUCUUCGUCGCUUUCGGCUACAGUGGCCUGCUCUGCGUCACGCCCAAGAUCUACCUUCUGAUCGCCGCCCUCUUCGUCGGAAUGCUGGGGUACGUGACGGUCGAGACGAAGACGAGUACCCGGAAGAUGGUGUACGACGUUUCGAAAUAG